AUGUCGAUUCCGAGAUCGAUUCGAACUCUGGAAGAAAAUCGUGAAAGUUGCUCGAUAAAUACACCAGAUUUGCAUUAUCUGAUGGAAAGGCUUGGUUUACGAACAACAGCCAAAAGUGAUCUUGCUUACGAAGUACGUAAAAUUCAUUUUUACAAAACAAAUUAUGUUCAAAAUUUCGAUACUUAUUUCUACUCCACUCGAUGA